AUGAAUAUGCUGAACUUAUCGAUGAAGAAUCACUGGAGUGGUGCAGAGAUGGUGCUGAUUAUGCAUUUGCAGCACUUCAACUCCUUGAAAGUUUGUUAA